CACAUAUACAGACAUGAUGCACUACGACGAAUGCAUGUACGUACGAUAUACGAUAUCUAAACAUGAUGCUUUCGACCCGAAAGUGCCUAAUUUCGUACGUAAAGACAUACAUCGACGUCGUGACAUGGAGUGUAAUAUAGACGACGAUGAGAUAUCGGAUGAGAGAUACAAUGCAAUAAGAGAACGACUGUAUGUUACAAUGUAACGAAGCAUCGAUCCGUGGAAACCCGAACAAUAGGUAAUCUUAAAAAUUAAUCUUAAAGAUGCACUCCAACUAUUCCAUCACAUUUGUAGUUUACAUUUCUCUUCUGGAAUACACAUUUAGAAUCACGAAAUCUGUUAUUUGAUUAUUAGGUCCAAUCCAUUUGAGACGCAUCAGAACAUGCAAAGCAGGAUAUGGAUCGGAAUAAUCUGGAUUGCAGCGGAAUCCGAUGGAAUAUGCUGGGAUAAGUCGCCGUCGUUGGAGAGAGUCGCAGAAAACGGAAUGGAGUGCAGUUUCCCAGGAUAGGCUUGGAUGUAAGUACAACCUAGAAAAACUCUUAUCACGACACGUAGCCUCUUUCAAGGAUGAGAAUCGAGUGGCGACUUCUCAGGGGUUGCGCGCGCGUGUCGAGGGGAUUGUGUUGCGCGAUAUCGGUGGCUGCGCGUUGACACACGGCGCGGGCUCUCGUUGCGUCGGCAGCGCAGCAUUACCAUCACGUUACCCUCGCGACACGGAGGAGCGAGCGGAGAGUGCGUCCUGACGCGCGCCAACCGCUUAGGUGAGGAAGCGCGCAGCUGAGAGAGCUGAGCUCGGCCUUCGUCAUCGCUCCGCCGUAGGCGCAGUUUAUCCCUCUUCACCGUCGCGUUCAUUUCUUCGAGCAAGUAGCAGUUGGACGAGUAUCAACAUCGUGCUCAAGUCGGCUUCGAAUAACGACGUGCUUCUAAGGUGACCAGGAUUCGAUCAGCUUGUCUUUUCAAAGAGCAUCGCCAAAGGUGUUCUCACGUGCGAAUACGUACGAGUGACUUUUAAAAUCAGUCUGUUGCUCCUCGUCUGUUGAAAUCCUCGGAGAGCUAUUUUCUUUAACGUAUCACGAUUGACUCUGGGAUCUGCUGGGUCGUCGACCUGUGGUCGUCUUGCGCGAGUGUCGCGUAGAGUUUCAUUGAACGGAGUGCAGUUCCGUAUCGUGAUCCUCUUUGUUAUCUUUAAUCCUCCUGGAAAUUUUCCAACUACAGGUGUCCUCCGCACAUAACGUCUCUGAUCAUCCCAUCGGUGAAGACGACUCGUUCCCGUCGGUCCACGCGACCAAUUGAUCAUAGUCUUCCUCUCUCUUUCUUGCGUCGCGUUAACCGGAAGCAGCAUGGGUGACCAAGAGCAACAGGAAACAAUGCCGAGCGUGGUGGAGUUGAAUGUGGGCGGCGUCUUCUAUACUACUGCCUUGACCACGCUGACCCGUGAGAGCGACUCGCAUCUUGCGACACUCUUCACGGGCAAAUCCGCCGUGGAGAAAGAUGCCAAGGGCAAGUACUUCCUGGAUCGCGAUGGUGUGCUCUUCCGUUACGUAUUGGACUUCCUGCGCAAUCAAGCAUUGGUUUUGCCCGAGGGCUUUCGCGAACGCGAGAGGCUCAAGCAGGAGGCUAAUUUCUACGGUCUUCCUGGUUUAGAGAAGGCCAUUUUGGAGAACGCCGAUUCUGGCGGGCAAACCGGCGGUGCGGUCGGCAAACGCGUACCAGGAUACAUUACUAUCGGCUACCGAGGCAGCUUCGCCUUCGGCCGCGAAGGCCUGGCCGACGUCAAGUUCCGCAAGCUCUCAAGGAUUCUCGUAUGCGGCCGCGUGGCACUCUGCCGGGACGUUUUCGGCGAGACGCUAAACGAGAGUCGCGAUCCCGACCACGGCAUGUCCGAUCGUUACACGUCGCGCUUCUUCCUGAAGCACAGCGUCAUCGAGCAGGCCUUCGACAUGCUGCAGGAGCAGGGCUUCAGGAUGGCGGGUAGUUGUGGUUCUGGCACUGCCGGCAGCAACUCCGAGCAGCUGAAACCCGGCGUGGAUUCCGAGGAGAAUCGCUGGAAUCACUAUAAUGAGUUCAUCUUUGUGCGCGAUUAAAGAGCUUCGUUAGCAGUCUUUUCCGAUAACCGCGAGUAAAGUGUACUUUGCGGUUGAUCUGAUCGUCGUCGAUGACUCGCAUCCUUUAAAACGAAGCGGCAAACACAGAGAAAAAGACUUCCUCAGGUACUUGAAAUGGUUUAGGUAGAAGCGAAAAUGGAGAAAUGUAAGAACACUUGUUGUGUGCUUAACGUGUGAGCGCGUAACGCAUGACAAAUGAGACUUUUUCGUUGAUUGCACAUAUAAUGAAGUCGAUAUAUAAUAUCGGAUUUAGCAAAAGUUGGUAGGAAAAGUUGGAAAGCGUCGAACGUUCGUCUCGCGAAGUCCUUAAUUAAUUUCAUCUCGCUAGAAAUUUUCCCGAAGUUAUCACAUUAUAAUUAAUCAAUGUCGACAUAACUAGGAAUUUGGAGCGUUCUAUUUCUAAGAGUACCAACAUCGUCAGCCUUCUCUGAAUCAUUAAUUCUUGAGUUCCUUUCACUUUAAUGGGCUCUUUUAUCAGAAUGAGAAGGAUGGAUAAGGCAACGGAUAGAUUUUCGUGUUUCGAUAGAACCCUUAUUUGAAAUGACACUUGAUUAAUACUGAUAACAAGAAAUUAUAAACGUAUUAAAGAGAAUUAUGAACUCGUCAAUUAUGACUAUGUUGGAUCUUUAAAUGUCAUUUGUUGAUAAUCCUGUUAAAAUUGCGUAGUGCAAAAUUAUAAGUAGCAAAUCAACAUCGAAUUAUAACAGCUAAAAAAUAUUUGUUUUAAAUCAAAGAUAUUUCGUUGAAUUUGUUUAAUCAUAUUGUAUGUCUUUCACGUAUAAUUAAAUAUUUAAUUCUAUAUGAAUUUGAUUGACAAUUGCACAGAUAGAAUCGAAAACUUCUCUGAAUACGACGUUUUUCAUAAUCGAAACGUGCCGACGGCAGCGUCUAAAAUUGUCCUUCCCGACAAAAAUCUGACUCAGAGAUUGUUGCGAGGGAGAGACGUUUAUUAAAAAGCAGUCUCACAUAUAUCCACGAGAUGAAAAACGCCAAUGUCAGGCGUUUUUCAUUGCUAGUAGACGCGAAAGAAGACGGCGAAUGAAGGGCGCAAGAGGAAAGCGGAUCCGGGCGAAGGCUCAGUGAUGUUGAAAUAUCUGCGAACGUACGCGACUUGACUAUUUAAAAGAGCAACAGUGUCAGGCUACAUGUUAGUGAUAAAUAUCACCGGAAAUGACGGACGAUAAAAUGCAAGGAAACAGACUUGACACAAAUGGAAGUAUCUUAAAAUUGAUCGAACGCAAAUGAUGCACAAUAACUUUCGCCUUUUUCUUAUUCGCGUCUGACGUGGAGGAAAAUUAAAGGAAAAUCCCAAUUAUCGAGAUCAUCAUUUGAAGAAAGUCUCCGGUACUGUCUGGUACGCGCGUUAAGUAGUUAGUACUAGUAAAUAGUCGGUCCGAGUGAUCACUGCUAAUGUAUGGUCAGACCGAAUGCUUAUCACUAGUUGGAUUAAAUUAAUUAAUGGUGUGCUAGAUACGGAUAUCUUUUUUUCAAUAGAAAGUAUUCAUAAAAAGCAGUUUGUGUUGUGCAAAGAUUUAAAAGAAUAAUAUAAACACACUAACACUAUUGUCGUAAAGUAUCCUUUCGGCAUAAACUUAAACAGCUAACUAGCUUUAUUCUCGGUGGUCGGGCAGUCUUGUUGAAUGCAUGUACUUACAACCUGACACGAUGUCAAACGCGCUAUUCAAACAACGGUACGUUGGAUACGUGUCACUUGUAACAAUUCUUCAUCAGGUUUUUAAGAGCAUGAACAAGGUAAUGCUUUUUUCUUUUGUGUUUAAAAUUUUUUUUCUUAUUUCUCUUCUGUAAGCGUUUUUUUUUUUUUUUUUUUUGUAAAGUGGAACGUGAGUGUGCUAAGCAAUUCGUAUUGUUUUCGAUCUAUCGACUUCCAAAGAAGGAAAGAAAGAUUCGUCGAAAUAUGAUGGAAGCAAAGUUUUGUUAUGAAUUUACAAUGAGUCCCAUUUCGUACGUUACAAAAGAAAUGCAUUUGCUAAAUUAUUCAAAUAAGAACAAAACUCAAGUAUUUUUUCCUUUCUGUAUAAUCGUUUCUCGCGGAAUAAAAAGAUAAAUGUCUGAUAAAGAAAGUUUCAAAAGAAAGAGAGAAAAAGAUUUUUCUCAAACAAAAAAACGGAAGAUAUUAUAAGAGAAAGCAUUUAUUAUAUACCUGAACAAAUUAAUACUCAAUUAUUGUUAUUUCUGAACAAUAUUUCUAUGCAUACAUAUUUGAAUUUGAAAUGUUAUUUGAAUUAAAAAUGUCCAUUUUUGAUGCAUAUUUAUUACUAAAUUUAACAACAAAAAGUUUGCGCACCGAUAACCGCGCGUUGGCUCUUUUUGCCAGUUUCCUCAUUUAGUAUUAUUUUAUAUAAUUAAGCAUUAAUUUUUCUAGUCAUUUUUAUUAUGCUAUGUUUAGAAUUAUUUAAAUAGAAAAUACCAAAUUUUUUUCAGAUUCUUUGAUUAUUAUGCAUUACAAAAUACAAUAAUUGCUUUUAUUUCUUUGCUUAUUAAUAUUAUUAAUAAUUAUUUGCAUAUUCAGAAUGAUGAAAGAUUCGAAAAAUUCAUCGCGAUUAUAAUCUUUGUUGCAACAGGUUAUCAUGUAGCGGAUAACAUUUAGCGAUUGUUUGAAAGAAUGCCGACGGUGCUGAAUAGACGAGAUAGAUAUCGAGUUUUAAGCGCGUAUUAAUUUCUCGUUAUAUCAUAAAAAUAUAUAAUGUCGAAGACUUUUUUUAAGAAUGAUCGAGAUAAUGCGAUAUAUAAUUCUCGUGUCUUAACGGAAUUUCCUAUUUUUACGAAAUGAUAUUUAUUAGUACUAGACAAAUGAUGAAUUAAUUCUCUACUUUAAAAAAAGCACAUACAUCUAACUUUUAUAAUUUUUUAAUAGCAUUGAAAAAUUACAUAUUGUGAAAAAUUUAUUAUUGCCGAAAUUUUUCAAGAGAUAACAACAUUCACGACUUGAUACUUUUCCUUUAUUUACGGCCGUCGAAAAAUAAUUUUGGGGCGAUGAAGCGAAUUAUAAUUGUUAUUGUUAGUGCGUUGUACGCUAUUCGAUCUGCGUCCGCAAUGGAUUGAUUUAUAAUGACGUUAUAUCCUCGGGUGCGAAUUAUGCGUAUCAACAUGCGACGUUACAUAGUAGAAGACGGACAAGAUAAUCCAUAAUGUGCGUUUGAUAAAAUUUAAUUUAUCUAUAUUUCGUCUUUCAUUGAAACGGCUAAUUUUAUGUAAAUGAGACGAAUGGUGUUGCUAAAAUUCAUGAAACGGAGUUCCAUAUAUCAAGUGAAGGUAUUAUCGUUAUAUGAUAUAUCGCAGAGAAACAAAUAAACGAUAUUUUCGAUUUUUUCAAGUUUGCCUCUUGGAAAAGACCAGCUUUUUCAAGUAUUAUAUGCAAAUGAUUAUGAUGAUGACGAUUGCAAUGAGCAGCGUGUCAAAUCUUGCUAGCUGGGAGAUUCUAUUAAUGUGAGGCGGUGAUGUGUGUACCGUAAUCGUUUCGCGAUUAUAUUAGUAAAUCGCCUACUUCCAUUUACUCUGUACAAAUAAAGACAUUCAGGUAAAUCAAACUUGUAAGAUAGUAGAGAAUGUUACAAGAUAUAUUAAUGUAAGAGAGUCUCACGUAGAGAGUGACUAUAAACUUUGAACUUAUUUUAUGAUGGCACAAAUUUUUAAUCCUUUUCCACGGUAUAUAUCAUUCAGAUUUAUUUUUUAUGUGCAUUCAUACACACACACACACACAUUUCACAGACACUCGACGUAACAUUUAUUGAAUUUCUCGAUUUACGACGUAAUUUUACGUUCAUUUAAUCACAAUAUACACAUGCAAAAUUGGGCCCAAACAAAUAUUUGUUGCAAUGUAUAGAAUUCAUUGAAAAAAUAUUGAAAAAGUUAUUUAUUAUUUCACUUUGAGUCUUUGUGGUUGUUAAAAUUACAAUGACUGAUUACCAUAUGCGUUUGUCUAUACUGUCAAAUAGAAUUAAACUGUAUUUUCUGAUUAAUAUAUAUUGAUUUCUAAGACAUAUUGGGACCGAUUUUCAGAUGCAGAAAAGGAUAUAUAAACGUAUUCACAAAUGUGCGUUAAUAUAUUAAAGUCUUCAAAAUACCAACAUUUAUAUGUUUCUUUUUAAUUAUAUUCAGGUUUUCGCAAAAUCGUUCUUUGAGUUGCAUUUAUAUACAUAUAUAUAUAUUUUGCGCUGAUAUUAUAUAAAAUGCACUUAUAUGUUGUGAGUCUUAGAAGGUAUAUUACUUUUGGAUAUGAGCAAGGUUGUUUAUUUACCUGCACCAAUGUAUUAUGUGUAAAACAUCGAGAUUGACGAUAUGUCGAUUAUGAUUCGUGAUAUAUAUAGUAGAGGCUCUAUUCCGUAAAUUAGAAACAGUAUAACUCGCCGCGAAAGGGAGCGAAUCUCGAGUGAACAGAUUUGAUAGAACUCAAAGAUUUGAGUUCCGUCAGAUUUUAACGGAGAAUUCGAUUUUUAUCGAAAUCUUUUGAUUGUUCACAAAUCUUCGCUUAGCAUUAUUCUUCAUUAUUUUCUAGAUAUGAAAUAUCUAGUUUAUAUAAUCUCCAAAUAUUUAUUUCGCUGUACAAUGUUUAGUAUACGAUGGCUUUCAAAUUUCUUAUAUCUUGAUCAAAUAUUUUAAUUUUAAUUAAAUAAACAUUUCAUAAGUUUUCUGCGAAAUCUUUUUCUUUAACAUAAAGUUUCCGUAAAUACCACAGUAAAAUUUAGAGUUUGAUAUUAGCAUUUCAAAUUUUAUUUGUAAGAUAAUAAAGAAUAUAGGAUAUACAAGGUAGAAAAAAUAAUAUGUAGUUGAUUAUGAUCCAAUCAUUUUUUUUUCAAAUCAUAUUUAUGAUAUAUUAGAAAACAUCUUUGUGCUAUUCAUAACGAUGGAGUAAUUUAUCAAAGUAUUUCUUUUAAUUCAAUUAUAGAAGACAUCUUGACCAAUCGAAUUUAGGUAUAUAUAUGUAUAAAAUAUUUUAUGUAUUAAUACAUAGUACAUACAUUUAUGGAUUGGAUAAGAGAGAAGGGGUUUUUUCCAGCGAAUUGCAUAUGGUUUGAUAUUCUUUGAGAAAUAGUUCGACUAAAAGUUGCAACGCGUGUCGUGGAAACAUUUGAUUAUGAUAUUCGAGACUCAGAACCCAUUUAUUGGAGAGAAUUCAACGAGUAGAAUCUGAGCGGUAUUAGGUAGCGUGUAAGACUGUGCCGCGAUAUGAAAUUACUAUAUUGUACAUGUAUAUACGUAUAUAUAAGUAUAAAAAAGGAGAAAUAAAAGAAUGAAAUAGUAUAAGAA